GGAGCGUCGGAGAGUAAAUACAACAGGAGCGCAAAAUGGCGGAGCCGCCGAACCCAGCUCGCGGCCCCGUGGCCGUCCUCUCGGAGAAGGAAGCGUUCGGCAAACUGCAGCCUUCCUCGCGGGAGCCGCCGGGCCCCGUGUCCGCCAAGAAGGUCCGGACCGAGGAGAAGAAGGCGCCGCGGAGAGUGAACGGGGAAGGGGGCAGCGGCGGGAACGGCCGGCAGCCGCAGCCGCCCGCCGCACCGUCGCCGCAGGGCUACGGCAGCCCGGCGGCUUGGAGCUUCGCGGCUCUGGCCGCCGCCUCCUCCGCGGCCCCUCCCCGGAGCUGCUUCUCCUUCCCCGCGAGCCCCGCCGCCUCGUCGGCCCCCGCGUGCCCGGCUCAGCCGCUGCCGCGCAAGCCGCUGGUCGCCCCGUCGCUGCUGCACGCGCAGCCUCCGCGCGUCCCGCUCCCGCCGGCCGCCGCCAAGCCGCGCAGACCCAAGGAGAAGCGCGACAAGGAGAAGCGGAGGCACGGCCUCGGCGGCGCCGCCCGCGACGAGAACGUGGAGGCGAAACCGCCGCCGCCGCCGCCGCCGCGAGAUAAAAUCAAAGACAAAAUUAAAGAGAAAGAAAAGGAAAAAGAGAGAGAGAAAAAGAAGCAUAAAGUAAUGAGUGAGAUCAAGAAAGAAAAUGGAGAUGUAAAGAUUUUACUGAAAAGUGGGAAGGAGAAACCAAAAACAAAUCUAGAAGACUUACAAAUUAAAAAAGUAAAGAAGAAAAAGAAAAAGAAACACAAAGAGAAUGAAAAACGGAAGCGCCCAAAAAUGUAUAGCAAAUCUAUUCAAACCAUCUGUUCAGGAUUUCUGUCUGAUGCUGAAGAUCAAGAAACCAAAGGCAUCUUAAGUGAUAACAUAAAGGAUUACAUUGGAAAAAAUUUGGAUACCAAGAACAGUGAUUCGAAAAUUCCUAAUAACAGUGACUUUCCAUUUGUGUCAUUGAAGGAGCCACGAGUUCAGAAUAACCUUAAAAGGUUGGACGCUCUGGAGUUCAAGCAGCUCAUUCAUGUUGAGCAGCAGCCUAAUGGAGGUGCGUCAGUCAUCCAUGCCUACAGUAGCGAGCUCUCCUGCCUGUCUCCUGUGGAGAUGCAGAGAUUUGCAGAAGAAUUUGUGGGUUUAGUGUUCAGUGAAAAUGAAAGCUCUGCAGCUUUCUAUGUAAUGGGUAUUGUUCACGGGGCAGCUACUUAUUUACCUGACUUUUUAGACUACUUUUCAUAUAAUUUUCCCAAUUCACCAGUGAAAAUGGAGAUAUUGGGAAAGAAAGAUAUAGAGACAACGACUAUGUCCAAUUUUCAUGCUCAGGUAAAAAGAACAUAUUCUCAUGGUACUUACAGAGCUGGCCCCAUGCGACAGAUAAGCUUGGUGGGAGCAGUUGAUGAAGAAGUGGGAGAUUACUUCCCUGAGUUUCUUGACAUGUUGGAGGAGUCGCCAUUUUUAAAAUGUACAUUGCCAUGGGGAACACUAUCUAGUCUAAAAUUAGAGAGUCGGAAAGAUAGUGAUGAUGGUCCCAUCAUGUGGGUGCGUCCUGGAGAACAAAUGAUCCCUGUGGCUGAUAUGCCAAAGUCACCCUUCAAAAGGAAAAGAACUACCAAUGAAAUAAAAAACCUUCAGUAUCUACCUCGAACCAGUGAGCCUCGGGAGAUGCUGUUUGAAGACAGAACGAGAGCCCAUGCAGAUCACAUAGGACAAGGCUUUGAGCGACAGACUACAGCAGCUGUUGGCGUGCUGAAGGCUGUGCACUGUGGACAGUGGCCUGAUCAACCCCGAAUAACCAAAGAUGUAAUUUGUUUUCAUGCAGAAGAUUUCUUAGAAGUAGUUCAACGAAUGCAACUAGAUUUACACGAGCCUCCACUGUCACAGUGUGUCCAGUGGGUUGAUGAUGCAAAACUUAAUCAGCUGAGGAGAGAAGGCAUUCGCUAUGCCAGGAUUCAGCUAUAUGAUAAUGACAUUUAUUUUAUUCCAAGGAAUGUUGUCCAUCAGUUCAAGACAGUUUCCGCUGUGUGCAGUCUGGCAUGGCAUGUUCGACUUAAAUUAUAUCACGAAGAGGAGGAUACUUGUCACAGUACAGUUACUCACGAAAAAGACAUAAUAUCAUCAGGUCCCAUGUCAUCAGUUUUCGGAGUUCACACAGAGAACGUGAUUUGUGCUGUGAACCAAACCUCAUCAGACUCUGUGUUUCCAGACAAACUUCAUUCUAAAAAUGAAUUACCACAAAUUAAACAUGAACCUAUUGCAUCUAUAAGAAUCAAGGAAGAACCUGUGAAAGUUAAUAUACCUGAAAAGACUAGGACACCAAAUAAUACAGAAGGCAAGAAUGUUAAGGCAAAGUUGGAUCAUGUUCAGUUUUCGGAUUUUCAGAUUGAUAUGGAUUCUAAAUUUGAAAACACCAACAAAGACAUAAAGGAAGAAUUGUGUCCUGGAAGUGUCACUAAUAUUGUUGAUACAAGCCAACAUAGUUCUGUACAUUCAAAUCAAGAUAAAAGUGAUGAAAAUUUGUGCUAAAUUUGUACAUUGCAUUUAAAAUUCCUUUUAAAAAUAAUUCGUAAUAAUGAUUCAUGAAAUCUGAAAGCAAGUGUAGGAACUGCUCUCAAGUCUGUUACAAAUAUAGUUUAUGUAGCUUUGUACCAUUCCUCAGUGCCUGUCCGUAACUGUGAAGGAUCCAGCACCCAGGGCCAGAUGCACUGUAAACAUUGCAGGUUUAAACACAAAGGAGUCUCCAGAAAGUCAUUUGAGUUGGGAGUUUUAGGUUUUAGAAUAGAGCUGACAAAAAUCACAUAAAUAUAUUUUUUUGUAAUAUGAGCCAGAAUUCUUUUUUUUGACAAUUUAAGGUUUUUCCAUAGAGCUUAUUUAUACCAACUUUUUUUCCAUUAUGUGUCAGCACUGUAGUGUAAAUAGCUUAAAAAUCUUUUUAGUGUGAUUUAUAUUGAGAUGUGAGCCAUUUAAUAAAGGUUCAUAAUAAUAAAUGCUUUCUGUUGAGUUUGCGAAACAUACUGACAGUUCAGUUUAAUUAUUUGAUAUAUUAUGUUUCUUUUAAUAUAUACAUGUGGGACGUAAUGGAGGGAAAAAUGUACAUGUUCAGAUCUCGUAAAUAUUUAAAUUUUCCAUACUGUACAAGCAUUCAAAAAACCAGGAUUCAGUUGAAAACAUAUACAUAUAUUUUGUGUUUGUGUGUAUAUACACACGUGUGCUUGGGAUUGUAUAUAUGUAUAUUGUUUUGCACAAUUUCUUAAAUUGGUGAAUAUAUAAAAAUUCUUUGUGCUACUUCCUGGAAUACAUUCUAAAGUAUUUAUGUUCAACAAUAAGGAAAUAAUUAAUAGUUUUCAAAGCUGGGAGAAACUAAUUAUGUCAUGGUUUUUAACCUUGUAAUUAAUGAAGUUAAUGUGGCCAGAUUCCUUAGUCCUAGUGGAAUUUUCCUUGUUAUGUACGUAAAAAGAUUAGAACAUUUUCUAAUAAGCACCAGUAUGUUUAAUAAUAGCUGAGUAAAAAACUGAUAUAUAGAAAAUUUAAUUGUGAGUAACGAAAAGUAUUCUUCUACAUUUCUCCAUAUCACAAACAAUUUUGAACUAAGGGCAAUGACAGUGACUUGGCUGCCGCACAGAUGUAACUAACAAGACACUGUCAGCUUAUCUUUCUCAGGACCCUUCCCCAGUCUGCAAGGCAAAUGUAAGGUGUACGUCCUCCUCUAAGGACGCUCUAGGAAGUUCACUGUGUAGGGAGCAGGCUGGCCCGUGUCUGCAAGGUGAGUAAAGAAGUCUGCACCUGUGGACUUCAGCACAGUUGCAGCCUGCUUCACUUCCAUCAUUAAAAGUUAAAGUAUUUGAUGUGUGUGUGGACGGAAGGAGCUCUAAUCAUCGUGAACGUUUUGUUCGUUGUCUUAUCCUGGGCCCCUGCCUUGAUGAUGACUUUCAGUUGUCUCUCCCUGCCUUGCCUUUUGGGAGAAUACUAUUUCCAUUUCAGUGGGUUCCAUUUUCACCUCAUUUUUGGUGAGCUAUCAAAGCUCAUGCUUCUAAGUUGGUAAGAAACUACUUAGGAAAAUAUAUUUUACCAGAACUGAUAGAAAUAAACAUCAGCAACAGUGAGAGUCUUGUCUCCUGAUUUAGAAGAUAGGCAAAUAAAAUAGGAAAUCUUGGUGGCUUCCAGGAGGAACUCAGGCAUUUUGCUCUGGCAGAAGUUUCAUGGAAACAGAGAAGUUAAAAAUCAUGACAGUGUAAAUAGAGGUUUUGUUUUCUAUUUAACUUUAUCUGCUUUAAGCUAAAUUUAGGGUUCUUCACCAUAUUAAGAUGAGAAACAAAAUAUUCUUAACAAACAAGUAUUGAAAAAUAGGAAGGGAUGUUGUUGGAGUUUAGUUUUUAAAUUGACAGUGAUACUUCCAGUCACAUAUAUGUAGACACACUGAGGUCAUACUGUAAGAAAAUGCUGUUAGGGUGUCUCCAAACUCUAUGAGCCUUAAGUUUUAACUUAAAGGAAGGCAUAUCUGAAACAGCAUAGCUAUUGCUUUUAGGUGUAGUUUUAUGUAACCCAUAGUUGCACAGCUCUCCAUGAAGAUGUAACUGCUCUGUCAGAUGCACACAUCUCUGUGAAGGUGAGGUGUGUAUGACCCAGCAGGCUCAGAUUCCAAGAUAAGGCCUUACAGACUUGAAUCAUGCUUAUGCCCCUGGUCUUACGGGUUAUUUUUAAAAAUCCUCUUCAGAUGCCAUCUGAAAACUUGUUGACUACCUUUGUUACACAAAUUCCUAUUUUAAUAUUACAUAGUAAUGAUUUUCUAGUUCGUGCACUCCCAUUCCUCUCCAUGUGAAUAUAGCAGUUUUGUUUUUAUUUCCAGUAUCUUGGACCAGAACAAUAAAACAGUCAAGAUAUAGUUUUAAUAAGGUCAUAUGCUAUAUAAAGUUAAUGUCAUAUAAAUUAUGAAGUGAUAUAUAGACCUUUACAUAAAAACUUAGAUACCUCAGUGGUAUUUGAAAUAUAUAUAUUCUUUCCCUCUUUUUUUCAAAUUUUAUUUAUAUCCUCUUAGCUGUCUAAGUAGUAUAUAUCCCAUACUCAGGUUAGCUAUCAAAAGAAUUAAACGUUUUGAUAUUUAGUUGCAAAUUUACUUAAAGCCAUAUAUUGAUUAUCUUCCUUAUGAAAAACUGUUGACCUUAAUGAUCAGGUUGGUUUAGCACAACACUGUGUAUUGUAUGUAUGUGUGCAUUUCUGUAUAGGUGUGUUUGAAAUAUGUUUGUCUCCAAAAUGGGAGGGAUAGCAAAUUGAGGAUAGGAAAGAUUUUUAGGUUAAAUGUUUAAAGAAUUUAAUUAAUGCACACAAGAACUUUUUUCUAGAUUCAGUUCUAUGGCAGGUAAAGGUUUUUUUUUUUGUUUUUUUUUUUGUAAAUAAUUAGCAUUGUUUGGUAAACUUGCUUUCAGCUUUUUUGGGGGGGGGUGGUAGGGAGGGACAGUUUAUUGAUAUGUAAAGCAAUUAUUUAUAUUUAGCCAAGGUACAGAUUUGUUUUUGGCAUUUGAGAGGCUAUUUUCCUUGUCUUCCACCUUUCAAUAAAUACUAAGAUUGAUAACCACAA